CACCGGACUCUUUCCACGAACAUUACCUCCUUUGCGGCCAAAACUCUUACCCAUUAAUCGCACUUCUUGCUUUUUUCGAAUUUCUUUCAGCUCUAUGCCGGCUACACUAGAUCUUCUUCACAGGCAGAUCGACUUCGAGUCAGCGGUCCGCCACGAAUCGAACAUAUUGAGGAAGCUUACUUACGUGCCCGAGACCCGUAAGGUCUAUGCUUAUCUUUUCGAGCAUACCGAUGACAUUCAGGCUCUCACUGCACACCAUCUGGGAGUGAACCGAGCACAAUGCGUCGUAUCGCAUUGGGAGGAGUGGAUUCGUGGAAGCUUCAACGUCUGCAUUCCUGUUGUGGUGGAAGGCCAGAAUGGACAGCCAAACAGAACAGUGCUUAUGAGGUGUCCAAUGGCUUAUAGACUGGGUAAAGAUAUUGGCAGCGUAGAUGAGAAGAUCGGUUGUGAAGUGGCUACAUAUGCUUGGAUGCAAGACAACUGCCCGGAGAUCAAAAUACCUGACUUGUUGGGCUUUGGGUUUUCUGAUGGCCGCAAUUUCACUCAUAUGGCACACCGUCCCCUCUACGUACGAAUCCUGCGCUUGCUUCGCCGCUGCCUCUGCACCAUCCUCGGUUUUCCCGUUCCAUCGCGAUACGUCUGCCAUUCAAGUGCGCAUUCGUUGAAUACUGGACAUCUGCUUCUACAACGGAUCGAAGCAAGCGACGGAGAAAUGUUGUCUACAUCUUGGAAGGAACACAUUGGGGAUCCCGUGCGGAGAGCAAAUUUAUUCAAAGGUCUUGCGCACGUUACCCUCUCCUUAGCCCGCGUACCUCUACCACGGAUUGGAUCAUUCACAUUCCGCGACGAUGGAACCAUAGCACUCUCAAACCGGCCGCUCACAUCAACCCUUGCUAUCAUGGAAAGCUAUGGGACUCCAAGAGCAAUCGAACUGAAUACAACAUAUGCGUCUGUCGAGCCGUACAUCUCUGAUCUUCUCGAUUACCAUGACCGCCGCUUCCUGAAUCAGCCCAAUGCCAUCUUCAAUCACGUUGAUGGCCAAAGACAGAUGGCCCAAAAGAUCUUAUUAAGGGCAAUUGGCCAUCAUUUCCUCCCUCGGGACCUUCGAAAUGGACCAUAUGCGCUCCGUCUAACUGACCUCCAUCAAAGUAACAUUUUCGUCGACGAGAUGUGGCGCGUUACAUGUCUUAUUGAUCUGGAAUGGGUAUGCUCGCUUCCGAUGGACAUGAUUGGCGCUCCGUACUGGUUGUCGGGACUCGGUAUCGACGAAAUCCACGGCGAGGCACUAGAGACUUACGACAGUCUUCGCCAGGAAUAUAUGCACAUUUUCAGGGAAGAAGAGGAAGCGCUACAGAGACCGCAAUCCUCUUUACGUCUUUCAGAACUCAUGCAGUCUGCGUGGACGGAUGGAAGAUACUGGUACUAUUCGUGUCUGACGUCUUUCAAUGCCAUGUAUACAAUCUUCCCCCACAUAUUGGCGAAGUUCCAUCUCUCUGACCUCUCUAAUGACGCUGCGGGCGCACUCUCUCAAUUCUGGGAUCCAGAUUCAGAGAAGGCUCUAGCAAAGAAGCUGAUGGACAAGGAGAAGUACGAUGAGGAGUUGCGAGCAAAGUUUGGCGAGCCCCCUAAGAGCAACCUUUGAAAGGCGAAGCUGUCAGUGGAAUGGCAGACGAGUUGGAUGAAGGGAGGACAACCUGUCGAUAUACAGGAGACUGCCACCUUCAUGAAUUUCUUUGACUGGAUGAAGAGAACACAACUAGGAAGAAGGAGCUGGCUUCAUGGGACGAGUACUGGAGACGACUCUGUCAAUACUUCACGCUCUUCGCUCGCUGUUCGUUGCACGAUGACGU